AUGUCUGAUUGGGUGAAUGAAAAUUGUGUGUCUUUUUUUCAACUCUUCUGUAUAAAAGUUGUUAAAACAGGCCGGAUACCGCAACACAUAGCAUUUAUCAUGGAUGGGAAUCGGCGUUAUGCUAAAAAAGUCAGUGUUAAGACUAGUGAUGGGCAUUCCAGGGGAUUUGAUAAGCUUUCUGAAACAUUGAAGUGGUGCCUUGAUUUGGGUAUUCCUGAAGUAACAGUCUAUGCAUUUAGUAUAGAAAACUUUAAAAGGAGUGAUGACGAGGUCAGUGCGUUGAUGGACUUAGCAAGAGACAAAUUCAAGAGAUUAUUAGAUGCUAUGGAUCAAAUAAAUGAUUGGGGAGUUCGGAUACACAUAGCUGGUAGGUUGUCCUUAUUGCCACCUGAUUUACGAAAGAUGGUCUCUAAGGCUAUGUUAGCAACACGGCAUAACAAUAAGCUAAGACUUAACAUUGCCUAUGCCUACACAGGCCGCGAUGAGAUAAGUCGAGCUGCUUCACAUAUAAUUGAUGGAGUAAAUGAUAAUAAAUUAAGAACAGAGGAUAUUGAUGAAGACUUAAUAUCACAAACACUAGAUCUAGGACAUCCAGAGCUGUUGAUAAGAACAUCCGGGGAAGUAAGAUUGUCUGAUUUUAUGCUUUGGCAGACGUCUAACACAGUCUUAUAUUUCUCUGAUGCGCUAUGGCCAGAGUUUACAGUGUGGAAUCUUUUGGUUGCAAUAAUUCAUUUUCAAAGAUAUGCUCCCCCUCAACUACCAGAAAAACAAAACAAUAUCAGUCAAGAGAAGUUUCUACGUAAAUUGGAAGAAAAGAGGUUACAAAUAUUGGAGAAUUACAUAGAAUGUUCCACAUAA